AAAUUGACUUACUAGUGUAUGCUACUCAUCAAGUACUCGCAACAAGAAAUUGUACAUCUGAUAGUGAAUUGUUUUAAUCACUAUGCAAGUGCUUAGACUUUUCUGAUGUUGGGUGUUGAAGGCAUGCUGGAGGGGGAUACUCCAUGUGAGUUGGUUAGACAGUUCCUGUCUAAUCUUGAACGUAGACAAAGAAAUCUUGGGAAGAGAAAGAGUAAGCUAGAUGGCUAUCGCGAAAAACUUCAAAAAGGAGAGGUCUUGAAAGAUGAACAGAAAAAGGCUGUUGAAAGCUAUGAUGGUGUGGUUCAGAAUAUCUCGUUUGUACAAGAGAUUGUCACUCAGACUAGAGAUCUUUUGUCUAAUAUGGAGUCAGUAGUUGAAAAACAAACGUCCCAACUUGAAGCUGAACACGAAAAGUAUACUCUUUCAUAUCUAAAUAUCCAUAUGUGUUUGGAGCAUUUCCUCGCUUCAUUGGAUAUACCGACAGUUCGUGCAGCCGUCGCAAAGUCUUCUUCAGAAAACAGUCUUAAGUUGCUGGAUGCUGUACGGGACGUUUUGACACCGCCUGUAGUCGACAACUGGCCAGGACUUAGUUCUUCUGCCUUGUCCUCUGUUCCCAAUUUUUUGCGAGCACGAGAAGAUCUAAGGACUGUUGCCACAAGUAUCUUCAAAUUGAUGAGUGGAAGUUCAGAACCUGUCCCUCUGUCAAACGAUUUAGAGGACUUCCGGAAGAAGCACACUACUUACAAGGAUGUUCGCAAUUUGUGUUUCAGACUACUAUCUAACUCACUAGUUCAGCAAUCCCUGGGUCUUAUUAGUGAUAGCAGCACAACAAAUGUACCGGAACCAACAUUAGUAGCAGAUGCAGAAGCUAACCCAUCUAUUGGUUUCUCAAUCCCAGCUGAUGUAUCUGCUGCUCCCCAUAAUGAUUCCGCAACAAUUGGUGGACCUUCUUCUGUAACUGCUACAGGCGAACCUGUGGAUCAGGUUAUUCGACCUCUCAAUAGUACUUUCAACUUCAUCCAAGCUUCUAGAGUGGACCAUUCUCAUAUCACGGUUGACCCUUCAGCUAGUUAUGAAGAAGUUAUGCCCGUUAAUCAAUUAGCGAAUAAAACUAAUGUUUCUUGUUUCACUGAUCACACAGUCGAAGAUAACAUUGAUCACUCAUUAAUUACAACAAUAGAUCAGCAAUAUGUUUUGGAGAUUCCAGAUGUGGAACAACCAAAGGCUGAAUUAUUUGGUAGAACUCCGUCGUCGUUAUCACCGGGUACCGUCAAUCAGUCUACCUCCUUUAAAUCGACAUUAUCUCAAGAUGAGCAUGAAGUAGGUAACAAUGCUCACAAACCAAUUUCAUACGCGGAUUCUGUUCGAAGAGCUGGACAAGUGCAUGCAGGUUUUAAUCGACCAACAGUUGUAGAUAAUACGAACUUUAAAAAAACUGACCGCACAUUGGAUGAGAAUUUUCGUGAGUCUGAACAGCAGGAUUCUAAUUUUGCUCGCGGUAAUCCCAAAGUCCCUUUCCGCAAUCGCAUUCCAAAUGAAAAUCGAGGUCGUGGAAAUGGUCCAAGACGCAGUACCGGUCAGCGAGGUGGUGGCAAUUUCAGUGCUCAUCCAGGUCGUGGUGGUGCUCAUCGGGGAAUGGCUACUGCAUUUGCUCAACCUACUUAUUGAUUAUUGCAAUGAUCAAGUCCAGUAUAUUGCUUGACUUUAUAUAUACAUACAUAUAGCCGAAGGCUGUAAACGGUUUUAUUUAUUGUAUGAUAUCGCAUUUCUUUGGUUAAGUAGCCAAUUGCAAUAUAAAACUUGAUACCAUGUUACUACGUGAGACAUGGAAAGCACAUCACUAGCUUUCACUUGAAAGCAGUCUUAUGUUUAAAUGUUGGCAUGCUAACCUUGCAGUUAAAAAGUACUAGUAUUCUAAGAUUGUAAUACAUUUUUGAAACGAC